UUCAAUGUCUAUAUCUGUGUAUUUGAUUUCAAAGUGCUCGCUAAAAUCGGUUCAUCGGUUUUCGUUGACAUUAGAACGAUGACUUUUUGCUAAAUUUGAAUGCUUAAAUUAACGUAAUCGUGUUCAUCAAUUAAAAAAAAAAACACAUUCAAAUAUUUCGCGACACACCGCAUAUGUUUAGCCGUCAAUAAAUGUUAUUACAGACAUUAUGACCAAUUGUUUUCGAUGAAUUUCGACAUUUCUACAUUGAUUCAAUGAAAUAUGAACGUCAAUUCAUAUUGAAGACAUAAAAAGCGGCUGAAAAAAAAUCGAAAGAAGAAAAACAAAACAAUCAAUCGAAGAAAAAUUGAAAUCAAAUGGAGUUAACGUUAGACGAAAAUCCAGCAAAUUAUGAAAUUAAAACGGAACUAUCAAGCUGCUGUUUCGGCAUUGGUGUUGUUUACUUGGCAAAGCAUGUGCCGACCCAACAAUUUGUGACCGUAAAAAAGUUUCAAAUGGACAAAGCAAAAGAAGAGAGUAAUUUAAUUCGGGAGGAGAUUUUAACAAUGCGUCAAUUCGAUUGUGCUUAUGUGCUGCCAAUGCAUACAGCAUUUGUCAAAAAUUCAGAUGUAUACGUGAUAUCACCGCUGAUGUGCUACAACUCUUGCCGAGACGCAAUGAAUACGUAUUUUACGACAGGUUUCCCAGAAAUUAUCGUUGGCCUUAUAUUACGCGAUGUUUUACUCGGACUGGAAUAUAUACACAAAAAAGGUUACAUUCAUCGUUCAAUUCGCGCCAGUCACAUUCUCAUCAAUCAAACGAAAGCGGUUCUUUGUGGUUUUCGUGAACCAAUCACACUUAUCACGAACGGUCAACGCACACAAAAACUUUAUGAUUUACCAUCGAACAGUGUGAAAAGUUUAAAUUGGCUAGCACCCGAAGUGUUGGAACAAAAUUUAGCUGGUUAUACGGAAAAAUCGGAUAUUUACAGUAUUGGCAUUACGACAUGUGAAUUGGCCAAUGGGCUUGAACCGUUUGCAAAUAUGCCAACCACAUUUAUGCUGACGGAAAAAAUGCGCGGAAAUCAACCAGUUUUGUUUGAUUGUUCGACAUGUCCGGACGAAAUAUUCGCUUCAGCCGGUAGCACGUCUGAUAUAGAUAACAAUUUUGCAUACCAAACCCACCAAAUCUAUAGAGAACGAAAACUCAGCGAUCAUUUUCACAAAUGUGCCGAAAUAUGUAUGGAAAGAUAUCCAGAUGAUCGGCCGAGCAUAGUUGAAUUACAAAAUCAUCCAUUUUUCAAACAAGCGAAACGCACAACAUUGGCCGAAAAUUUUAGUUCGACAGGUAUUGACAAAUACAAUUGCACCAAACUAAGUUCAGGUGAAGAUAUCGGUUUAUCAUGUGAAAUGGCUGACAUGAGUUUAAGCGGAUUAUUUGAAUGGGAUUUUUAAUUGUUGAUUUUGGCGAAUUACAAAUUAAACGAGUCAAUCAUUAAGUCAAAUGUAUUUCGUGAUCCAUUGUUUUUAAUUUAAUAGAAAAACUGUUUAUAUUCAUAAGAAAAUGAUGAAAUCCGAAUUACAUCGAUUCCACCAUAUGCCAAUUCCAUUGAAAAUGAUUUGUACUUUUUUCAUUGCGAUACAGACCCAGUAUGGGCGCUUAUUAAGGAACCAAUUAAAAAAAAUGACAACUA